CGCCACGGUCCACAGAAGAGGAUUAAGACACAAGAACUCUAUCCAUCCAACCAUCCAACCAACCAUCCAUCCAGCCACUUCAUACAGAACUCAGGCGUUUUUUUUUUGUUUUGGAUUUUUGGUUUUUUUUGGCUCUGCCAUCCAACUCUCCUGUGUGUUCCCCCAGUGUUUGAUUUGUGCAUUAAAACCAAGGGUUUGCCCGCUCCGCUCCGCCGACACCAUGCACGCCCAGGACAAUGGACGAGUGCUGCCAGCGCUGUCGCUCCUGCUGCUCGCCGUCGCAAUGGCACUGGUGGCGCCGACGCAGGCCGCCUACAAGCUGCAGGAGCGCUACAGCUGGAACCAGCUGGACUUUGCCUUCCCCAACGCCAGGCUCAAGGAGCAGGCCAUGGCCAGCGGCGACUACAUACCCCAGAACGCCCUGCCCGUCGGAGUCGAGCACUUUGGCAAUCGCCUGUUUGUCACCGUUCCGCGCUGGCGCGAUGGAAUUCCGGCUACGCUGACCUACAUCAACAUGGAGCACAGUGUGACGGGCUCCCCGGAACUCAUUCCGUAUCCGGACUGGCGGGCGAAUACGGCUGGCGACUGCGCCAACAGCAUCACCACCGCCUACCGCAUCAAGGUGGACGAGUGCGGCCGUCUGUGGGUCCUGGACACGGGCACCGUGGGCAUUGGCAACACCACCACCAAUCCCUGUCCGUACGCCAUAAACGUCUUCGAUCUGACCACCAACACACGCAUCCGGCGCUACGAGCUGCCCGCCGCAGACACCAAUCCGAACACCUUCAUAGCCAACAUUGCGGUGGACAUUGGCAAGAACUGUGACGAUGCCCAAGCCUACUUUGCGGACGAGCUGGGCUACGGCCUCAUCUCGUACUCCUGGGAACUGAACAAGUCGUGGCGCUUCUCGGCCCACUCGUACUUCUUCCCGGACCCACUGCGCGGCGACUUCAACGUGGCCGGCAUCAACUUCCAGUGGGGCGAGGAGGGCAUCUUCGGCAUGUCGCUGACGCCGAUCCGCUCCGACGGCUACCGCACGCUCUACUUCAGUCCGCUGGCCAGCCAUCGCCAGUUCGCCGUGUCCACGCGCAUCCUGAGGGACGAGAGCCGCACCGAGGACAGCUACCACGACUUUGUGGCCCUGGACGAGCGCGGCCCCAAUGCACACACCACCUCGCGCGUGAUGAGCGACGACGGCGUGGAGCUGUUCAAUCUGAUCGACCAGAACGCCGUCGGCUGCUGGCACUCAUCGAUGCCCUACUCGCCGCAGUUCCAUGGCAUUGUGGACCGCGACGAUGUGGGCCUGGUCUUCCCCGCCGACGUCAAGAUCGAUGAGAACAAGAACGUGUGGGUGCUGUCCGACCGGAUGCCAGUGUUCCUGCUCUCCGAUCUCGACUACUCGGACAUCAACUUCCGCAUCUACACGGCCCCGCUGGCCACCCUCAUCGAGAACACCGUCUGCGAUCUGCGGAACAACGCCUACGGUCCCCCGAACACGGUCUCGAUACCCAAGCAGGCCGGACCCGGCCACUCCGCCGUCGGACCGCCGCUCUACACCAACCAGUAUCGUCCCGUGCUCGCGCAGAAGCCGCAGACCAGCUGGGGCCCCUCGCCGCCCAGCCGCUCCUAUCUGCCGGCCCUCAACGGCAAUCCCGGCGCCCCCGGCCAGGUGGUGUCCAGCGUGAGUGUGUCGACGAACACCGUCGGCCCGGCCGGCAUCGAGGUGCCCAAGGCGUACGUGUUCAACCAGCACAAUGGCCUCAACUACGAGACCAGCGGGCCCCAUCUCUUCCCCACCCUCCAGCCGGCACCGUCCCAGCUCGGGGGCGGUGGUGGACUCAAGACCUAUGUGAAUGCCCGACAGUCGGGCUGGUGGCACCACCAGCACCAGGGCUAGACGAGAGCCGGGACCAGUGUCAGAGCUGGCUCCCCCAACCAGCCGUAGGAUUGCUGUGGGAUAUUUGGAGAACAGAAACAAACGGAAUUCCUAGGGCCACACCACAAAUACUGCACACACACACACUCGUAUGAUAUGUAUGUACCUUCACCUUCACUUGCUGUACUAUAUGUACAUAUGUAUGUAUAUGUAAUAGACACUGAAAUGCGAUUUCCAUUUACUUGUAGUUUGUAAUCUAAGCAACAAAUAAAUUUAUUUUUUUUUGU